CUGGUGCACGCGCACGGAUUAACAGAGAGAGAGAGCGCUGAUAAUUAACUUAAUAAUAUAAAAUCACACGUUUUGUUUUGUUUUCUCCUGAGUUGCUUUAAACGGAAAUUACUGCACGGAUUUUGUUUAAUCCGUUCUUUCGAACCCGUCCGUUUUGAAGAGAAGUCUCGUGCGCUCCGGGAGGAUGCUGGCGCUGAGCUCGCGCUGCUGUUGCUGCUGCUGCUGCUGGCUGCUCGCGCUGCUGCUGCUGCUGCUGAGCCACGCGGGAGUCAAAGCGGCCAACCACCACCACCACCACAACAACAACAACAACAACAACAACAACUCCAUCAAAACGGCGCCGCUCGGAGACGCGCCGACCCCCGACCCCGCCGCCGCAGCGGCCACGCGCCCCGGCAGCGCGCCUCACGCGCCCGCCAAGAAGUCCAACAUUCCCGUGCAGGUGUACGGCAGUGAGAAGCAGUGCAGCAGCGAUAAGGACUGUGCAGUCAGUAGUUACUGUCACAGCUCGCAGCACGCUUCGUCACGAUGCGUCAACUGCCGCCGGAGGAAGAAGCGAUGCCACAGAGAUGCCAUGUGCUGCCCUGGAAACCGCUGCAGCAACUUUAUCUGCGUCCCGUUCCCCGAGAACCUCAUGACCCAUCACAUUGCACCUGUAAAAGAGCACAAAAAGCUAAGCAAAGACAAGGCCUGGAAGAAGAGUGGAAAAGUCCAGACCAAGGUCUCUCUCAAAGGUCAUGAGGGCGACCCUUGCCUGCGUUCCUCAGACUGUUCGGAGGGUUACUGCUGUGCCCGCCACUUCUGGACCAAGAUCUGCAAGCCGGUACUGCGCCAAGGUGAAGUGUGCACCAAACAACGCAAGAAAGGCUCGCACAACUUGGAGAUCUUUCAGCGCUGCGACUGUGCCAAAGGCCUGGCGUGCAAAGUGUGGAAGGACGCCACGUCCUACUCCAGGUCCAGACUGCACAUGUGCCAGCGGACCUGAGAGGAGCAAGGGAGCGGUGGGGAAACGAGGGAACUGCACCGGAAGGCCCUUUGUUCCCUCCAGGGAGCGAGGUGGAGAGGAAUCCCUCUGCCCAGGACUCAGAAAUAUGUGAAGGGGAAUCACGGAUAAGCGAGAGGAGAUUACAGUGAGACAGAGAUUAAUCUGGGCCAGUGUGUGUGUGUGUGUGUGUGUGUGUUUGUGGGUUUGCAAUGGAUGAUUGAUGUUCACUGUUGAUGAUUGAGGUACAUGAUAAGAUAGAGCUUUGGAUCGUUUUUACCAAGCAUCUUUUCAUGAUUGUUUUUUGCUGCACAUGUUUUGAAGAGAUUUAUUUGAAAGCCAUAGCCGUAACAACAUGUAAUGAGGUCAUGAAAUAAUUUCGCUGUCUGUAGGAAUUUAGGUUUGACAGUGAUUUUGAAAACAAGACAGAGUUAUCCAGUGAUGAGAUGCAUACAGAUUUCAUACGCAUUCCACCAGGCUUCAGGAUAAUCUAUCAGAAAUAACCACUAUGUUCCAUGAAUUCCACAAAAAAAAAAAAUCUUUUACUGCUCUGUAACACACUCAAGUAUAUAACCACAUGUUUAUGUCUGUUAGGUCUACCACAUCUCAUUUCAAGCUUGUUACUUUUUAUAAGCACUCAUAUUGUAUAUUGUGAAAAAAAAAAUAGCGCACUGUCACUUAGUCUCAGCAUCAUUUGAAUUUGCAGAAGGGUACCAUGCCUCAGAGCUGCUUUACUGAUUUAGGGCUGUAUUCAGUGUUGGUGAUUAAAGUCCACAAAUUAUGUCGGGGAGAAAUACAGUACUGUGCAAAAGUCUUGGGCACAUGUAAAGAAAUGCUGUCGACAAAAAAUGGCGUAUUUGUUGCAACAUUAAAAAAAAUACUAUAAACAGUAAGCCAUAAUAAAGGAAACAAAGUCUAUAUUUGGUGUGAGACGAUCCUUUGCUUUUAAAAAAAAGUCUCAGGUACAAUGAUUACAGUUUUAUGCGGAAAUGAGCUGUAGGUUUUACUGAGCAUCUUACAGAACCAGAAAUGGUUCUUCUGGACACUUUGUCACACUCGCUUCUUCAUUUUGCACCAAAACCCAGCAGUCUUCAUUAUGAUUUCUUUUUUUAAUCUGAAAAGUGCUCUCUUAUGUAAUAUGCUGCUCAGAUACAACCUUUUUCUUCUGUAACAUUUAAUUUUGUGCUGGAAAACAAACGUUUGGACUCUAAAAUGUUUUUGUACUGAUUCGAUAAUGUAGAAGUCAUAAAAUAGAAAUCUAUAACAAAGAUUGUAUGAAAGAAAAAAAAAACACAGGGUGCCGAAGACUUUUGCACAGUACUGUAUGUAAGCUUAUAAAAUAGCACUUGAUCCAGCACAAUCUAUUCUGUUAUUUUACUUCUUAAUUAUUUAUAUCGUGCUUAUUGACAACUUAAUGCCAGGAAGUCAUCAUAAUGUGUGCACAUGAUAUUGGUUAUUUUAUCAUGCUAUUUUGAUUUGUUUAAUAAAAUUAAUAAAUAAUGACAAUGUUUUUGUUAAUUCUAUACACUCUCCUGGAAAGAAAACUUGUCCACGGUUUGAAGAAUAAGCUGACCAGGCAUUCAUCUGCUACACUUCCAGCUUACUUUAAGUUAAUUAAUUACUUUGUACUUAAAUACAGUACCAGUCAAAAGUUUGUACACCCCUACUCAUUCAUAGGUUUUUCUGUAUUUUGACCAUUUUCUACAUUGUAGAACAAUACUGAAGACAUCAAAACUAUGAAAUAACAUCUGGAACAUAUAUGGAAUUAUGUGGUAAACAAAAAAAGUGUUAAAAAAACAAAAGAUGCUUGAUAUUUUAGAUUCUUCAACAUAUCCAGCGUUUACCUUGAUGCCGCUUUGUACACUAUUGGCAUUAUCUUAACCAGCUUCAUGAGGACGUUACCUGGAAUGCUUUUCAAUUAACAGGUGCCUCAUCAAAAGUUAAUCUGUGGAUGAGUUUCUUGCCUUCUUAAUGUGUUUUGAGAACAAACAGUAAAUAGUAAAUAAUAAAAAUACAGUAAAUAGCCCUAUUCCACAACUGCAGUAAUCCAUACAUAUUAUGUCAAGAACCAAACAACUAAGUAAAGAGAAAUGACAUCCAUCAUUACUUUAAGACAUGAAGUGACUAUUAAUUAAUAAAGAUAAAGAAAAAAAACAUUGAUUUAGAAGUUGUGUCCAAACUUUUGACUGGUACUAUAUAUGAAAUAAACAAUGUAUCUUUAUGAUACAAUGAAUGAAUGACCUAAUUAAUAGUAGUGUCAAUUUUAUGUAUCUAAUAUUUACAGCCCAAAACGUACAUUUCAGCACAACAUAUUGUGGUUACAUCAAACUGGUGCUGGAUUUAAUCGUGCUCCAAACUUGACGUGAGAUCAUGCAAGAAAAUUGGGUUCAGAAAGAGUGCGACUGAGACACGCCUUCUGAAUUGCGCUAAAGUUCAGAAUUAUAUCUGGAUGCACAAUUUCUGUAUGAAAGCCUCACUGGACACGCUGAACACAACUCUGAAUACAGCCAUUAGUGAACAGUGGCAUGGGUUACAGUUUACAUGGUUUCAACUAAAGAGCAAAUUGAGGAUACGGUAAACUGAGGGUUCCUGUCCUGCAAAACAAAGCGCAGUUCUCUGAAACUGUUUAUUUUUUCCUCCUCUUUUUUCACAGAAUGUCAUUAAUAACUAAAAUAUGCAUUGAGAAUCCAAGAAAUAGGCACUGCUGUUGGUUUUACAGAUGUUGCCUAUUUGUACAAGGAAGGAUCUUAUGAUCGUAAGUCUGUUUUCACUCGGCAACAUCCGUUCCCAUCAAGAACACAUGAAACAUUACGAUUAAUGACAACACCUUCUAAAUAUCAAUCCAGAAUCUCCGAGCGAAUACAGGAUUACAGGAACGGGCUCAGAUUACAGAUCUAGUCUUAUGACGCCGGACAUACUGUAUGGGUCAAGGAGAAAAUAUGGCUACAGUAUCACAGAGUGAUCAAGGAAGAGAAAAUGAAAUGCCUUCAUUAUUAAAGCACAUAGAUAACCAUGUGAAUAACAUAACAUCAUUAACUUCUUAUUCAUGCACACUUUUGACAGAUUCGCUUUAGGAUUCUAACCACUUGUUUACAGCUUACAACUUUCGUGUAUAGGUCAUUUUAAAGAAUCUGUAGAUUCACAGCAAUGCCUUAUCUUAUGAUUGUGAAUUUUAGAAUAAAUAACUGUAGCCAAUAAUAUUCAUUAUAAUUACAAAUUGUCUAUUUUGUGGAUUUUUUUAAUAUUGUAUUUUCCUGUCAGUUAAUAAUAAAGAAGUAAUAAGCUCUUAUUGUAAAUAACAAGGAAACUGAAAUGAAAUGUAUUUAAAAGCAAUUGUAUAUCAUGUACAUAUGAUGAUGGGAAGUAUGCAGGCUGUGUGUUUGGUACGGAGCCUUGAUUAAAAGCAGCAGUUGAAUCUAAAGCUGCUAUUAUACGAGAGUUUUAGCGUGCAUUGAAGUGCAGAAAGCCUAUUUUACAGCUUCGGUUUUGUCUACACAGUUGCAUUUUUAAAAUAUAUUAAGGUCUCCAUAGAGAAUUAUGACUAUUAAAUUAUUUUUCAGAACGCCUUGAAAUGUUUUGUUCAAAUCACCUUUCAUGAGUCCAGAUUGUCCAUUUGUUUUCUACACUUGUUCCUGAAAACAAAAGAAAACACAACAAAAAUGAUAUUGAAAUUUGGUGCCCUAUUUUCUCCUCCCUCCAGGGUGUAUUUACAAUGUUUAAAUGAUUAAAGAAUGUAUUUUGUAUUACAA